UUCGGGUUCAGUGCUGUGGUAAAGUUGGGCACGAUCGAGUCGCGUACUUGCAAGCGGUUCAAUUUUGUCGGUUCGAUCGUCGAGUGAUCGUGGCUGGCUUUCCUACCGAGCACCAUUGAGCGAUCAAAACCUGAACCGGGUCCUGCUAAGAGUUUGCCCCGCAAGGCUGGUUUAUCCGCGCAAAGUAGGGACCAAAAAUAAAAUUGCAUUGCGAUUUGAAGGCCGUUCGUUCCGUCGUUCGGAGGCACGUCUAGCGCGACGAACGUUGAUUGAUGGCUUUCUGGACGGAGUUACGGUGUGAAAAGUGAGAGUAUACAGAUCGAGUGAUUGACGUUGUAAUUCACUGUAGGUGCUUAGAUAUCCGCAACGGACUGUGAACCACGUGAAAGGAAGCGAAAAAGAAUAUUGCCAUUCUGUGAUACUUUGUGUGAGGCUCGUCUUGGAAUCAAGAUUGGAUAUAUCGGAUGAGCUGUGUUUAGCUGAAAUUGUGAUAAAUAUUAAGUAGGAAAAUGACCGCAACUGCGAAAAAGAGCGACUCCAAAUGGAACCUGGACCCGGUGCAGAAGGCCAUGGGUCAGCUCGGCUGGUGGCACAUCCUGGUCUGUGCCGUGGUGUUUCCGCUGAAGUUCCCGGUCGCGUGGCACCAGAUGGGCAUCAUCUUCCUGGGGGCUGCCAUGAACUACACUUGCUCCUCCAACAGCAGCCUGGAUCGGUGUAGCAGUGAGUGCACCAGCUGGAAUUACGACACCAGCGUGUUCAGCUCGACCAUCGUCAGCGAGUGGAAUCUGGUGUGCGAGAAGGCCAAUUUGGUGAACCUGUCGCAGACCAUCUUCAUGUUCGGGAUUCUCGUUGGCGGCGUGCUGUUCGGGUCGUUGGCUGACAAGUUUGGGCGACGACCUCCGCUGGUGAUUGCGGUUAUAAUCCAGCUAAUUAGCGGAGUAGCAACGGCUUACAUUCCAUGGUUCUGGGGAUUCGUAGUUCUGCGAUUUAUUACGGCCGUCGCCACGGGAGGAACUAUGGUUACCAGCUUUGUCCUGGUGAUGGAGAUCAUUGGACCAAAAUGGCGCGAGCUGUUUUCUGUUCUGUACCAGAUCCCAUUCAACCUGGGUCAUCUAACGCUGGCUGGCUUCGCGUACUUUCUCCGCGAUUGGCACCAUCUUCAAUUUGGGCUGUCGAUCUUCUCCCUGUUGCUGGUGUCCUACUACUGGCUGGUUCCGGAAUCUCCCCGGUAUCUGUUUACCUCGGGCAACACCGAAAAGGCGGUGCAACUGUUGGAAACGGCCGCCAAACGUAAUAACCUGCCAACGGAAAACAUUCGAUCCGAUAUAGAACAGUACGCCAAAACCAAGACCCAUGGAGGCGUGGCCAAGGGAAAUCUACUGGAUCUGUUCCGGACGCCAAACAUGCGUGCCAAGACGCUGUUCAUGUGCUUCAACUGGUUCGUCUGUGGGUUGGCCUUCUUUGGCGUAGCUCAGUACAUUGGCCAUUCUGGUGGUGACAUUUACACGAAUGUGGCUAUCGGAGCGGCAUUGGAACUUCCCGGAACACUGAUCUGCAUCUACAUGAUGAAGGCUUACGGACGCAAGAAGACUUUGAUCACCUCGAACACGCUUACCGGAUUGACCAUGCUGGCCAUCGCUUUUGUGCCUUCAACUGUAACCUGGCUAAAUGUGGGCCUUGCUUCGAUCGGUCUUGUAGGAAUGAGUAUUUCCUUCCCGACUGUAUACCUCUACGCCGGAGAGCUAUUCCCGACGGUUGUGCGAAACGUUGGAAUCGGUACCGCUUCUAUGAUUGCCCGAAUUGGUUCCAUGAUUGCACCGUUCGUCGCCGGAAUGGGCGUUAUUUCCCACUGGCUGCCUCCAAUGAUAUUCGGAAUAACUCCACUGAUCGGUGCCUUCUUCGUGUUUUUCCUACCGGAAACGCAGGGCCAUCCGCUGCCGGAAACUAUCGAAGAUGGUGAGAACUUUGGCAAACGUAAUCGACAAUCGAACGGCGUUGAGAAUGGAAAGCACUAGGAUACUCCUCGCCCCUGAUAAUUGUAAAUUCCUACUAGCACGUACAUAUGCCACCAGAUUAGUGCAUUUGAUGCGCCCGAAAGCCACUCUAUUUUACCUUGAACCAGUUUUACUACCUAUCGUAUAAGUUAGCGAGAGUUAGUGAUUUGCCAAACGUGGACGUAAGGUCAGAUGUUCUUGGCCACGUGUACAAACAAUGACGACAUUUGAUCUAGAUCUUAUAUCACCAAAAGUGCCCCGAUACGAAUGAUAUUGUUGUGUAAGUGUUCUGAUCAAAAUAAAAGUACAUUUUUUUUAAAA